GGAAAAUUUUCCAGUUGUAUAUACAUAUUAUGUGUGGAAUUUAGGCUUUUGCUCAUUUCUUUAGCUCUCUAAUUAGAGCUUGAAUUGACUUGCAUUAAAGAGCUUUGCUACUAAAACGUUGCUAUUGUGUUGGCCAGAGUUGUAUGAGUGUAUGUGUGUGUGUGUUGGCAACCACUUAGCCUUUCUCUUCUCAUUGUUGUUGUAGUCAAGAUUUUAGUACAUAUUCCCUAUUUGAUUUCGACUAUCAGGAAUUUAGAUUUCUGUUAUUGUUUUCAUUUCUUUACAAAUAUUAAUUAUUCAGUGCGAGCAAAUACACCAUUACGCCGUUGAUUGUGUAUGUGUGUGUUCGAAUGCGGGUGUGUGUGGCAAAUAAAGUAACUGUAACUAAACAAAGAUAGUAUACUUAAGUUAGUUCACAACAAUACAUUCCGCACUGCACUCUCUUCUCGCACACCGCCCCCUUUCUCUUCGCACCUCUCUCUAUUGUACUCUCUCUCGCCCACUCUCUUUCGCUCUUGCAUCCCCUUCUGUGACGUAGCGCCACACCAUUCAUGCUCCACUUUCACACACGGGAGAGAGCGAGAACGCCAAAGAGCCAGCCAUUAGAGAGAGAGAGCGCGCACUGUGGUGACUCCAACUGCAGGGGCGCAACAGAAGGGGUGACCACCCCUACCCCCCCUAAAAGCCUUUAAGGCGACUUAGGAUUCAGCUAAGAUUCUAUCAGCUUCCUUCUUUCACCAGAAGGUAUCUUCUUCUCCGCUAAGGAACCCCCUUGCGAUUCUGGCUACGCCCCUGCGACCCCUCUUGUGGUUAGAAGCAACGUUUGCUGGCGCUGCCUUUUGCUUGGGCUUUGUUGUUGCGCUGUCCGUUGCCCGUUGCCAUUUGCCAGUCCGUCAGUCUGCGCUGGUUCCCGCUGGCGAGGUGAGGUGUCCGCUCGCGCUGCCGCUCCCGCUCCUAUUCCCGCUCGCUCCGUCUCUUUUGCUGGCCAAGAAAACCGCUUCCGCCACUGGCGCUGGCGCUGGCGAUACAAAUACCAUACAAUUACCAACAGCUGCCUGCCGCUCCGGCAGAGAAAAUGCGCUGGCAGUCGCAGCUCCAAACGCUCAAAAGACGCUCCAGAAACGGCCCAACAUUUGCAAUCCGCAUCCACGCAACCACAUAGAGCGCCACGAUGCCACCGCACAAAUGGACGGACGAGUCGCGGGACGCCUCGUGCUACUACGAGGAUGCGGCCGCAUCCCGUCUCCGCCGGCCAUCCACCUCCUCCAACUCCUCGGACUCGGCGGACCGCUCCGACGACGAGGCGGACGACGAACGGGAGGCGUUUUGCUCCGGCGAGCGACCGCUAAUCCGCUCCAGCGGCGCUGCGGAGGAAAAUCAUGGCUGUGGCCCAAAGACGCGUCACAUAUUCGGAUUGAUGGGCUUCCUGGGAUUCGCGGUGGUCUACGCGAUGCGGGUCAAUCUGUCGGUGGCCAUUGUGGCCAUGGUGAACCAAACGGCCAUUCCGCACAGCAACGCAUCGGUGAUUGAUACGGACACAUGUCCACUGCCGGCGCCCCAUCACAAUGGCAGUGAUCCCAAUCCGCAGAAGGAGGGCGAGUUUGUGUGGGACGAGGCCACGCAGGGAUUGGUGCUCGGCAGCUUCUUCUACGGCUAUGUGCUGACCCAGGUGCCCGGCGGACGAAUGGCGGAGCUGUAUGGCGGUAAGAAGAUCUACGGCUAUGGAGUGUUAAUCACGGCGAUCUUUACGCUCAUUACCCCACUGGCCGCCCACUGGGAUCUGCCGCUGCUGGUCCUCGUCCGCAUCCUGGAGGGAAUGGGCGAGGGCGUCACCUAUCCAGCCAUGCACGCUAUGCUGGCCCACUGGAUACCGCCGCUGGAGAGGAACAAGUUCGCUGCCAUCGUCUAUGCGGGCUCCAAUAUCGGCACAGUCAUUUCCAUGCCUUUGGCCGGAUGGCUGUGCUCCCUGGACUUCCUGGGUGGCUGGCCAUCGGCGUUUUACAUCUUUGGACUGCUGGGUAUUCUGUGGUUCAUCGCCUGGAUGUACUUGGUGUACGACAAGCCCAGCGAUCAUCCGAGGAUCUCAGUUACGGAGCGAGAGUACAUCGAACGGAGUCUACACGUACAGAGGCUGAUAAAUCCGGAUUUGGCGGAGCCCGAGGAAGAGGAGGAGGGACAAGAUGAUGUCAAUCUGAGGAGGCCGUCGGAGGAGCCGAUACCCUGGUCAUCGCUGCUCACAUCCGUGCCGCUGUGGGCCAUCCUGUUGACCCAAUGCGGCCAGGGUUGGGCCUUCUACACGCAGCUCACCGAGCUGCCCACCUACAUGAGCAACAUCCUCCACUUUGACAUCCAGUCGAAUGCUCUGCUGAAUGCGGUGCCGUAUCUAACCGCCUGGUUCGUGGGCAUCGCCUGCUCCGCUCUGGCGGAUUGGAUGCUGGCCAGGCGCUACAUAUCCCUGCUGAACUCCUACAAGCUGUGGAAUACGGUGGCAUCGGUGGUGCCCUCGCUGGGCCUGAUUGGCAUCAUCUAUGUGGGCUGCGAUUGGGUGUGGGUCACCUUUAUGCUGGCCGGCGUGGGCUCAUUCGGUGGAGCUGUCUAUGCUGGCAAUCAAAUGAAUCACAUUGCGCUCAGUCCGCGGUAUGCGGGCACCAUGUACGGCAUUACCAAUUCGGCGGCAAAUAUCUGUGGCUUCCUGGCUCCGUAUGUCAUUGGGCUGAUUAUCAAUCAUCGCGAAACGCUGACCCAGUGGCAUUUGGUCUUCUGGCUGGCGGCUGGCUUGAAUAUAGCCGGUAACUUCAUCUACCUGAUCUUCGCCAGCGCCGAGGAGCAGAGCUGGUCAAAGACACCACCCACACGCAGCUCACGAUCCCAGCGCGCUUGAUGCAAGCAUAACUAUACGCUAUUUUAGCUAGAUCUUAAGCAUUUGUGAUAAUUCCGAUAUAUACACAUAUAUCCUACAUAUAUAUAUUUGGGCUCGAUGUUUUCCGGAUGCAAGAAUGUGGCUUCCAAAGAAAAAAAAACGAUACGAAACGAAACUAGUGCUACCAAAUCGGAGUGGGAAAUCGAAAGGAUGUUAACUGUUUUAGUGUAUUAUAUGUAUAUGUACGUGUAUCGUCCUUUUAUAUGGACUUUUGUUUUGCUAGGCGUCUUUUUUGUAAACAAGUAUACCAAUACCAACUACAUAUAUAUUUAUAUAUCUAUGAUAUACACGCUCGAAGGCACGUAGAUCUAUUGAAAUAAACAGCACAAACAUAUCGAACUGUGGCACAUUACCUGA